AUGUCACACGCAAUCAAGAAUGUGGCUAUUGCCGGGGCUAGUGGAAAUGUCGGAGCUCGGGUACUCGAUGCAUUACUCGAUUUCAAAUUCAAUGUAACGGUGCUUAGUCGCAGUUCCAAACCCUUCCCGGCCGCUGUUCGCGUGAAAGUUGUAGACUUUACUUCGGUGAAGUCAUUGUCUGCUGCUAUCGCCGGACAAGACGCAGUUAUCGAUACUACUUUCUCGCCUGAGGUUGACACACCACUCCGACUUAUUGACGCGGCGGCCAAGGCUGGGGUUUAUCGCUUUAUCACCAGCGACUUUGGACUCGAUCCUGAAAUACCAGGCAUUCACGAUAUGCCUGUAUUCAGCCGAAAGAAGGUUUCUUAUGAGGCCGUGAAGAAACAAGCGGCUAUCAGCCGCUUAACCUACACCCUGGUAGCUUGCGGUGCUUUUCUUGACUGGUGUCUCUCCACUGGCUUUGCUGGUCUGAACUUCCAAGAAAAGACAGCUUUCAUCUUCGGUGAUGGAAACAACGUUGUUCCAUGGACGACGUUAGAGGAUGUUGGCAAAGCAACUGCGAAUGUGCUUUUGCAUCCACAAGAAACUCUGAACCGGCCGGUCUAUAUUCACUCUGUGUUCAUGUCGCAAAAUCAACUUUUCGGCGCAGCAAAAGAGGUUUUGGGCAAUGAGGGAUGGACAGCCACGUAUAACGACAUGGAACCACUUUUACAAAAUGCGUUUGCGGAUCUCAAGACCGGUAACAUUAGUGAUUCAAGCUUUGUAGUGCAAAUCCAGUACUGCCUAGCUACCAGAGCACUUGCACACCCCUGGGCAAGAGAUGAUAAUUCCCUCUUGGGACUGGAAGAAUGGAAUGUGGAGAAGGUGACAGGGCUGAUUCAGACAAUCGCCCACAAAGCAGUGGGAAGUUGA